CUGCAUAUAAAGCCGCCGGACACACGACCAGUGGAGUCUACACACUUGGCCCACCCCUGUCCGGUGUAACGGUCUACUGUGACAUGGAUACAGCAGGAGGAGGAUGGACUGUCAUCCAGCGCAGAAUGGACGGGUCGGUUCCCUUCAGCCGGACCUGGGAGGAGUACAAGCAUGGGUUUGGGAACAAGAACGGGGAAUACUGGCUUGGGAACGAGAACAUCCACCGCCUGACACCGAAGGACUAUAGAAUGCGGGUGGAUAUGAUGGACUGGGGUGGGGAGACGGCCUACGCAGCAUACGAUACGUUUAGGUUGGCCGGUGAGUCGGACCAGUACCGGCUGACCGUUUCCGGGUAUUCAGGCGACGCGGGAGACGACAUGAAUUACAACAACAGGAUGAUGUUCUCCACUGUGGACAGGGACAAUGAUUAUGCCAGCUGGAACUGUGCUCAGUCGCGCGGACAGGCCGGCUGGUGGUUUCAUAAAUGCAGCUUGGCCCACCCCAACGGCCGCUACCUGGGCAACUGUGGGAACUCCUGUCCAAGCGCGCAAGGUGUGACGUGGGGCAACUGGAGAGGCCAGCAAUACUCCCUAAAGUCUGUGUCUAUGAAAAUCAGGCCACGAUAAUCGCAUCUGCUCUACUAAAUCUGAUCACACCCAGUUAUCCACAAAACCAUCAAUCCUACAUGUCUGUAAAGCUGACA